AUGGCCAAUACGACUCCUCAAUCCACGCCCGGAGAUAUUGUAUGUCACACGGUCAUCGCGCCUCGUGCUCGCCACGAACGACCAGUCGUGCCCCUGGACGAUGAUGCCGGGGAGAAAGGCGGGCAACGUCGGCGCAUCAGGCCCGGCGCGGCUGGCCAGCCUGUCCAGCAGGCGCCACUGGGCGACGUGCCAGGUGACAAGCUGGGCUUCGGCGCCCUCGACGAGGCCAUCUACGCCAACCUAGACGUCACGACGGGCGGCAUCUCGUGGAACCUGGUCUUCCUGGCCGCCCAUCCCGAGUACCAGGACCUGCUCGCGGCCGAGCUGGCGGCGCGGAACGGAAGCCCUGACGAGCGUCGCCGGUACAUUCUGGGAAACUCGACGCUCCUUGCCGCGUGCAUCGCCGAGUCGUCGCGCCUCAGGCCGCUGGCGGCCUUCUCGGUACCGCAGUCGGCCCCGACCGAGCGCCGGGUAGACGGCUAUCGGAUCCCGGCCGGGACCGACUUCAUCGUGGACUCGUACGGCCUCAACCUCCGCAGCGGGUUCUGGGGGCCCGACGCGGCCACGUACCGGCCGCAGCGCUUUCUGGAGAAGGGCGCCCUGGAGAUGCGGUACCACUUCUGGCGGUUCGGCUUUGGCCCGCGCCAGUGCAUGGCGAAUACGUUGCCGACAUCAUGA